CUAUAUAUAAAAAAUCUUUUUACAAAAUGAUUUUAUUAUUUUAUACAAUUUCAUAUAAAAUAUGUUAGUGAUUUAAGUUCAAUAUAUUUAAAUAAAUAAUAAUAUUUAACAUUUGAAAUUAACUAGGUACUUCCAUUUUACUUAAUCUUAUUAUAAAAUCACAUAACCUCAUUUGCACUUGAAUUUCAAUAGGAUUAUUAGUUACAUAAAACCCAGGUACACCAGCUUUUUCUAAUAUACUUUGUUGAUCUGAUACUUUUUGGUCUAAUUGUAAUACUAGUUUCAUAUCAGUUUGUUUUAAUUCUUCUUUGUGUUUUUUAUAUAGAGCAGUUUUUAUUUCAAUUCUUUCCUCAUCCGUUAUUACGUUUGACAAUGUUUCUUGAGCUUCAAUUUUCUGUUGAUUUAGCAGUUGCAGUCUUUGUUGAAAAAGAUGUUUUUCCGUAACAUGUUGUAUUUCCAUUAAACCCUUGACAAUUUCAAAGAUGGUAUCAUUUAGUAGGGAAUUUGCCAAAGCUGACAAUAAUUCAUAAGGAAGUCUCAUUUGAUAUUUCGGUGGAAGUUCUCCGGCCAUAUGUUGAAGUUGUUCAACCAAAAAAUACAAUUUUCUUUGAAGAUCUUGUGGAGUUGGAUUAUCCAUUACACUGUAUAAACAAAUGUAUAGAUGUGUGUUUUGUAAACCCAUACAAAUUAAAACAGAGUCAUUCAAAAUAUCUUCUAUUCUUAACUUAUUCAAUGUUUUCUUAGACAGUAGCAGAAAUUAAAUUUAUCGAAAAUGUAUACUUUAAUAAUAUCCAUAUCAAUUCAUUGUUAGUACAGUCAGAGAUGGCGGUUAUUUUCAUUUAAUUUUUUAAUAUUAAUUUUAGCGUCGGAGGUAGAGGGCGCAGCAAAAGCCAGAAAGGCGUCGUUUUAGCGUAAGUUUUAGACAUAUGAGUACAAUCUUGAAUACGAGAGAACGAAGAUUUAAUAGAAACGUGCACAACACAAGUAGUUAAUUCUCCACGUACUUAUUAAUCCUACAUAUUAGUCUGAUUAAAGUGAAAAUAUUUAUGUAUAUUACAUAAAUGUAUAAAUGAUUAUCAAUGAUUAUUUAUAUCAAAGGUUUUGGACAAGUCGAGAACAUUUAAUAAUUACAUCUAUAGCUAUUGAUAUUUGUUUACUUCCUUUAUCAGAUUAAGAUCCAAUUACUUAAUAAUUCCUUACUUAUUUUCAAUGGAUUUGGUCUGUUAAAGCCAGAAGGUUUAUAUACUUCAUCUUUAGAAGCUGCAGAAUAUCUUUUUAAAAGAGGUGUGUUAACUGCACCAAUUUCUGGCUGACCAAUAUUAUUUUACUAGUGAUCGUAUCCUGCAUACUCAGUUGAACUUAGAUUGUGAUAAAUGAAUUCACAUUUAUAGUUAUUUAAUUUCCAAUAUUCUUUUUAUAAAAUUCAUAAAAGCAACUGGGACAUUAACAGCUAUUAAAAAGAACGAUUUACGUAUAUUAUGUAUUUUAAUUCUUUUUGAAUAUGAUAAAAGAAAGCAGAAAACCAUAAGAUAUUAAUUACCUAGUAUAUAUUUUUUGGUGUAGAGUUUAAAUAUUUAGGAGAUCAUGAAAUUUGAAUAUAAUGUAAAUUUAGAAUAAAAUUCUCUAAAUAUUAUAUGUGUGAACAUGUAAAAUAUUUAAUACUAAUCUAAGCUAUAUGACCAUUAUAGGCAAUUAACAAUGUAUGUAGUGAAAAAGAAAAUUUUUUGGUUUGCUAUAAUUUCUCGUGCAUUAAUAUUAAUCUUACAAUUCAUUUUUAAUAUUAUAUGUCCUGAUCACAAUGCUGAUGCUUUUAGAAGCCCUCAUGAUAUUCAUGAAUAUGUUUCCAAUUAUGAUAUUAUGAUUAAAUUUAUAUUUGGUGGUUUAAUAAGAUGGGAUGGAGAAUAUUUUAUACAUAUAGCAAAAUAUGGAUAUACAUAUGAAAACAUGCUUGCUUUUUAUCCAUUAUAUCCUGCAACUAUUCGAAUUACUGCAAUAAUAAUAAGAAAAAUAUUUUUUGUAUUAAAUGUUCAUAGCUCUUUAAUCGUUGCAGCAAUAUUAAUUAAUUAUGUCUGUUUCAUUAAAUCAGUUUCUAUUUUUUUUGAUCUUAGUAAAAUAGUACUGAAAAAUACUAAUAUAGCAUAUAAAGCAGCAAUAUUGUAUUGCAUAAGUCCAGCUAGUAUAUUUUUUUCUGCUGCAUACACUGAAUCAAUGUUUGCAUAUUUCACUUUUUAUAGCAUGUUGAAAAGUGUUCAAAAUAAUAUAUAUACAAUUUUUCCUUUGGGAUUAUCUACUCUUAUAAGAUCGAAUGGUAUUAUAAAUAUCGGAUUUUUUAUAUAUUUUAGAUUUAAAAGUAUGUUUAAUGCAUUAACAGUAGAAAUUAGUUCUAAAGACAAAAUAUCCAUAAUAAAAUUAUGUAAUUUAGUUAUAAAAAAAAAAUUUAUACAAAGUAUGUUUCUACUGUUGAUUAUAGUGAUUUUAACUUUACUUCCAUUUAUUUUUUUACAAAUAUACAAUUAUGUGAUAUUUUGUAAAAUAACAUUAAAUGCGCCGAUAUUACCAACUCAUAUUGUAGAUUAUGCUACAAAAAAUAAUUUAGUAUUGCAAUAUAAUGCGACUUCUUCUACAUGGUGUCAUGCAAAAAUACCUAUGGCUUACUCUUACAUACAAGAGAAAUAUUGGAAUGUUAGUUUCUUAAAUUAUUAUAAAUUAAAGCAGAUUCCAAAUUUUAUUUUAGCUUUUCCAAUAUUAUAUAUAAUGAUGAAAUGUAUUACAGAAUUCUAUUCAGAACACAAAAUGCAUUUUUUUUCUUUAGGACUUAUAGAUAUAAAAUAUGAAAAAAAUACAUCAGAAAAGAAAUAUCCAGCGGAGAUGUUUGUGUUUGUAAUACAUGGACUUUUUUUAACAGUAUUUUGUAUUUGUUUUGUACAUAUUCAAGUAAGUACACGUUUAUUAUGUUCUGCUAGUCCUCUUGUAUAUUGGUAUUGUGCAUUAUCUUUAUCUUAUGUACCACAAUUUGAGAAUCUAAGUGAUUCAAUAUGCAAGAAUGAAGAAAAUUUGAUUUCUAAAUGGAAGAUGUUAUUUUCGUUUAAGCAAAAAUAUACUUUAAGAGAUAAGCUUAUAUUAUUUUAUUUUUUAGGAUAUACAAUCAUAGGAUGUUUUAUGUUUGUAAAUUUUUUGCCGUGGACAUAAUUACUAUAUAAUUACUUAAUUUCAAAUGUAUGUGUAUGUGUAUAUAUAUAAAUGUACAAAUAUAUAAUAUAAUGUAUAUUUUUGGUUAUUUGUUACAUCUGCAAUUAUAAAUAAAUUUAAUAUUGCCCAUUGUACUGAAGUGUAUUAGAUAUUCUGUUUUAAUUAAAUAAUAACAUAUUAAAUUGAUCAUGACAUAUUUGUCUUUAUAUGUUGCCUUUUAUGUUUCAAUAUUUCAAUAGGUGUAAGAUGAAAAGUUUUUGAACAUUCAGGACAAUUGUAAGCCUGACUGUUAGGUUUUGACUUUAUAUUUUCAACUUUAUCAGUAGUUUCUUUUACUGAUGACUGCAUACAAAUACUUUGAUGUUGGAGUUUUUCAAUACUGUUAAAGAUAGCUUCUACGUUGCAUUGCUGACAAGUCCAGGUAGUUUCACACAUAUCAACAGCUAUUUUGUCACUCCAAUCAGUUUCUUUCAUACUAUAUUAAAA